AUGACCUGCGAGAAUAAUCAGCUUCGCAAAUGUGUGUUUACGAAAGAACAAGAAAUUAAAGAACUCAAUGCAACAGUAUCAGAACUUAAUCAACGUAUCAGAGAUAUAAUAUCAGGAACAGGACCCGCCAUAUCUUCUAAGUCCGCUGGUAUUAUAAGCGCUAAAAUAACAGAAUUAUGCAAGCAAAAUCGACAUUUAGUUGCUGAAAUAGAGGGAUAUAAAACUAAAAAUGCCACUUUAGAAAGAAAAAUAAUGCAACUGGACUUAAUUAAUAAAGAACACGAACAACUAGAUCUUUGCUUGUGUAAAGAAGACCCUCCUGAUACUAAUUCUGACGAACUGAAAGAGCUAAAUAUUAAACUCAAUGCGGUUAAUAAAAAACUUUAUGAAAGCAAAAAUAGAAAUCUAGAAUUAAAAAACGACAUUCUCAUUGCUACCAAGAUUUUACAGCAAGAACUCGGAGAUAAAUUUACCAGUAUAAAAGAAUUACAAAAUGAUUUAGCUGGUUGGAAAGGAAGAGCUCAACAAAUAAUUCUUUUACAAGGAAGAAUAAGUGAAUUAGAAGAAAAAUUGAACGGGAAGCAUAAAGAUUUGAUAGAAGCAAAAAAGAGAGACCAGACCCAGAUCAUAAGGGAAAUAGAAAUAAAACGCAAGAAAGAAAUGGAGCAGGCCAUGAAGGAUCUUGAAACGUUAAAAGAAGUUAAUCAGGAGUUAAAGAAAAAAUUAGAUGGGGCUAAAUGCAGGAUCAGAAACUUGGAAUGUGACGCGACCACGAUCAGACAGAAAAUGCAAACAUUUGUUGAAAAAAGUAACCAUGAUGAUUUGCUUAUUAAUGAACAACGAAAUCAAAUUAAAAGUCUUGAACUAUAUUACCAAGAAAUCCUUAAAGAAAAUACUGCUAAAAUGAAUAAAAUGCAGAGUGAAAUGUCUGAAAAUCAAAAAUUAAUGAAGAAUACUGACGCUAAAAUAGACGCUCUACGGAAACAAGCUACUGAAAAAGCAACGAAAAUUGAUGAGCUCAGAGCACAGUUAUUGAGAUAUGAAGAAUGUUCGUUACAAAGUGUGUUCUUCACUCCUAUGAAGACAGCUACUGAUAAUGAAAUUAAAAAACUCUCAGAACUAGUAGUCACUCUUAAUGAAAGAUUGGACGCUGAGCGACAUAAAUGGGAGGAACUCGAAACUACAAAUCGAAAAUUAAAAGAAAGAAAGAGACGUCUCGAAAGAAAAAUCGGUAACCUUGAAGAUGAAGUGAAAAUUCUAAAAGAUUCUAAAAAAGGUGCCAGAGUUUCAAAAAUGUCCAUAAAAGAACUUCAAUAUGAUUUUACAAUGGGAUCUACAUCAGUUACUAAAAAGCAAUCUUCCAUUACCGCCGUUGCAGAAAAACCUAGUGAAUCUUCUUCUGAAUCUCAGGCGGUAGAUUAUGAUAGUCUCGAUAAAGAAGAUUUAAAAUAUAAGCUGGAAUUAUGCGAAGAGAAGCUUAAAAUAAUGGAAGACAAAUUAAAAAUGAUUGAAGAAGAAAAACAAGAAGAUUAUAAUCAUUUGACUGAUAUGAUUCAAACAUCUAAGCAAUUAUUUAAUGAAGCUCUAGCAGUUUUGCAAAGAGAAAAAUGUUUAUGUUCUUAA